AAAUGACUCUAUUUGCUGUAUUUAGGGACUGCAACAGCACUUAAUUGCUGUUUUAUGAUCUGUAUAUUUCAUAAUUUUUAGUCAUGUCAUUUGAAGAGUUAGAACAGGAACCAUUUAAUGCACAUGAAUUUGUGGAGAGAUUAGCAUGGAAAACUAUUGGAAAGAAGGCUCGAAACAGUUAUGAAAAUUUUGAUCCAUGGACGCUGCAUUCAGCAUUUGAACAAGCUAUCAAAGAUCUAGAGGAGAAAAACAAACAGAUUGAAAGAAAUAUUGAAAAGUUAGAGCAUUCCUGCAAGGAUGAAGAAAAGAAACAUUGGCAAAGGGUGGCUGACUUGCAAAGAAGGAAUCAGACAUCCUACUCCCACUUCCAGUCUUUGGAUGAAAGAAUCAACUUAGUGGCCACUAAAGUUGUUCACUUGGGGGACCAGCUUGAGGGAGUGAACACACCCAGAGCUCGAGCUGUAGAGGCUCAGAGACUUAUGAACUAUUUGAACGAGUUUAUGUCUGAUGAACCCCCCAAAUCAGCUGUCUUUACAGAUCCAUUCCAGUUACAACUGGCUGCUGACAUAAUUCAGAAAUUAUACCAGAUUGCUCUAGAAUUACCCGCAAAUGAAAAAUUUGACAGAGCACGUAAAAAGAUCUGGGACAAGUAUAAUUAUGUGGAGUCAGAGCUGAUAGUGGAAUUUAAAAAUGCCCAUUUUGACGGAGAUAAAAGAAAGAUGAAGAAAGUGGCAGCUGUGCUGUCUAAUUUCAAGGGCUAUGGACAAUGUAUAGAGACUUUUAUCACAGAGUCCCAGAAAGGGGCAUAUCUGAAGCCGGACCCUUUUGAUGAUGUCCUCCCUCUUUGUGUAAGGUCCAGUGAGAUGAUCAGUGAUGUGUUUAGUAAUCCAGACAUGGUGAUGGUGAAAUUUGUACAGAAUAUUUACCAUGGGAAGCUACAGAGUCACAUAUCCUCUAAGCUGGAUGACCUGGAUGAUCCAGAGGAAUACCUUGUACAGCUUUAUCAGUUGUAUACUAGAACAAUGAAGCUGUCAGAGGAGUUGUCCCAGUUUAAGAUGGGAAAUGACAGUUUCUUUCUUACCAAACUCACAAAGCAGAUUUUUGCAAAACAUCUAGAAGCUUACAUCGGGUCGGAAACAAAAUAUCUGAGAGAGAGAUGUUCAGCUCAUCUGCAGAGAUAUUAUGAAGACACAAAUCACAUAAAAAAACAGAUUCAGUCUGGAGGGUUGGUAGAUUUCAAGAGAGAUCUGCAAGCCAAGAUAGGCACUCUUACCAAGGCAAAUGUAAAUAUUGGUCCAGCGGUAGAAAAUUAUGGUGGUGAGACCUUCCUCUCACAGGAAGUGACUAUCAGCUUGUUACAGGAGGCCAAAAAUGCAUUUAAGCGCUGUCAUGUACUGUCCAGCAGUUCUGAUAUGGCUGGCAAUGCAGUGCGGAUUUUGGAUGUCUUGAUACAAUAUUUGGUUGUUGAACACAUUGAUUAUGCAGUAGAACUAGGAUUACAAGCUAUCCCCCUGCCAGACCCCAGGACUCCCCCACAAGUAUAUUUCUUUGAUGUUGUUGGUCAAGCCAAUACAUUGUUCCACCUGUUUGAGAAGCAGUUCAUGGAUUCACUAGUUCCCCUGGUCAUAUCAUCACCAAGACACAGUGAAUGUUUGCAAAAGAAGAGAGAUUUGAGGGAACAGUUAGAAACUAAGAUUGAUAGUGGGUUAGACAGGGCUUUGACUGCCAUUACAGGAUAUGUUAAGUUCCUCCUUGCUGCUGAACAGAAGAAAACAGAUUUCAAACCUGAUGAUGAUAGUGCUAUGCUGGCUAUGGUUUCUCAAGCAUGUUCAAAAGUGGUGAAGUUUAUAUAUGGAAUACAUAGGAACAUCCGUGAUAGUUUGGAUGGGAAGAAUGUGGAUGUUGUACUGUCAGAGCUUGGUACAAGACUUCACAGAGUUCUAUUUGAACAUCUCCAGCAAUUCCAAUAUAACUCAUUAGGUGCCAUGUUGGUGAUCUGUGAUGUGAAUGAAUACAGGAAGUGUAUGAAAGAGUUCAAGAUUCCAGUUGUGUCUGACUUGUUUGAGAAGCUUCAUGCCUUGUGUAAUCUACUGGUGGUUGUCCCAGAAAAUCUCAAGGAAGUCUGCAGUGGAGAAACUUUGACUGGAUUAGAUAAAUCUGUCCUCCAAGCUUUUAUUCAGCUGAGAGCAGACUACAAGACUUCUAAGAUAGCAACAAUGCUGAAAUAAGAACAAUGGAAAAUUUAAAGUUUGUUACCAUAAUUAAUUUUUUAAAAAAAUAUACUUAAGAUAAUUAACCAAACUUUUUUUUUAACUCAGAUUAUAAAGCACUGUAAUGACAAGUGAAAAAUGUGGGCAUUAAAGAUGAUAUAAUAGUAUUUGUAGAACAGCUUAAAACUGAUUUUGUUAUAUGGAAAAGUACAAAGAAUGUUCAGCUUAAUUUUCUUGUGUGUACUUUUUUUUUUUUUUUACCAGUGAGAUCUUUUUUAAGAUGGUGACUCUUGUGAAAUCUUUUAAAUUAUUGCAGAAAUAAUGUUCUAAAUGUUGUAAAUGUACAAUUUAUUUCUGAAAAAAAAACUCUGAUAAAGAAUAAACAUACAUGUAUGUUAA